GUAAGCCCACAGCAACCAUACAUAAAACCAGCCCACGCCCAUGUUUCAGGCUCUCAUGACUUCACAUUCUCGAUUCUUGUAAACGCUGGGCGCUUAAAAAUGAGGUUCACAUUGCUAUCAACAGUUCUGACCUUUAUUGCGGUUGUACGCGCGUCGAGGUAUGAAUGUGAGGAUAUCUCGAAGUAUUCCACUGAGGUAUGGUAUCUUUUUUGGGGGAACUGAUGAGCGUGGAUGUUCAUUGAUCGAUGGUAGUGGUUCCUUUCCAAUACUAAGCCGGAAUGGAAGGCAAUGUCGAUAACCAAUGCAUUGUUCUAUACACAAGGACUUUCCGCACGAGCACGAUCGUUUGCGAAACAGGAGGCGAAUAAAGUUACGAUCUGGGUAUGUCCUUCCAUUCCGAUUUGGCAGAAAAUUCUGAUGUUUUCACAAUAGGAAGUCUGGCCCUGCGAAAAUUACCAAAUUAUUGGGACGAGAAGUAACCCACUGAAAUGCAUCAUGUCGAACCCAGAUACCCAAUUGAUAUACUUCGAAAACAUGUCGAGGGCAUUUGCGAUGAUGUCGACGGAUCUGGCAGCUGUUAUGCACAGGAAUAUUAAUGAUCCUCCGAUGUGGUCGAUUUGGGGACGGAUUGAGCUGCCUGUACUGAAGGCAGCGACUAAUGCAGGAGGAGUAGUGAACUGGGUAAGAAGAUGAUUCCAGCUAUGCUCUGGGAAUUAUGGAGCAAGUACUGAUAUUGAAAUAGGUUACUGCUAUCGAUGCUGAGGAUGCGAAUCUUCAUAAACUUGAGUGGACGAGAAUGUAUGGAAAGGUCCGGGAAAAAGUUGAGUCGGCGUAUCAGCAAAUAAUACGAACAAAUUCGUGGAAGAAUGCUAAGAGGGAUACAGAGGUCUUUGAGAGAGACGAGUCGCAAUCUUGUGGGUUUGUUGGUCCUCAGCAUCCGCUGUACUAGCUGUAGAAUUGCGUCUUGAAGCCCGUAUGCUUGCAUGAUCUCGAAGCCCACAAAGAAAUGAGUGAGCCAAGUAAUUGUGAAAAACAGUCCAAGUGAGUGUAGUAUUCAGUUACUCAGGUUCUAGUUUGAUUCAUCAUUUUCUUCCAAUGCAUUCCCACCAACCCAAGCCAAUAACCUACCUCAAGUAAAAAGGAAUGUAUAUUCUAAAUUCGCGC